AUGUCCUCCUUCGCCGCCGCCCACGCCGCCGAGCGCAGCGCCCUCACCCAGCGCGCCAUCCCCUCCAUGACCCUCGCCACGGGCACCACUACCACCCCGGCCCCGCCCCCGGCCCCGGACGCCGCCUCCCGCUUCGCCGUCUCGGGCGUCGCCAUCCUCACCGGCGGCACGGGCGCCAUCGCCGCCGCCGUCUCCCGCGCGCUACUCCAGCACGGCCUCUCCUCCCUCAUGCUGCUCGACCUCGCCGUCGACUCGGACGACGCUCGCGCCGGCAUCGCCGCCCUGCGAGCCGACUUCCCGCACGCAGGCAUACGCGCCCGCGCCACGGACGUCACUGACGAGGCCGACGUCGCUGCUGCUGUGGCCGACACGGUUGCUGCGUUUGGCUCCGUCGAUGCGCUCGUCUGUCUCGCUGGCAUUGUCGGCUGCGCCCACGCACUGGAUAUGCCCGUCGCGCAGUGGCGGCGCAUCAUGGACGUCAACGCCACGGGUGCGUUUGUCUGCGCGCAGGCCGUCGCGCGCCAGAUGGUCAAGCAGAACGAAGACGACGACGCAGCGCAUCGCAGUCGUCGCGGCGGGCGCAUCGUGCUCACGGCGUCCAUCUCGGCGCAUCGCGUCAACUACCCGCAGCCGCAGGGCGCCUACAACGCCAGCAAGGCCGCCGUCGUGGCGCUCAAAAGCUGCCUGGCUGCCGAGUGGGCGCAGCAUGGUAUUCUUGUCAACAGCGUCAGCCCGGGGUACAUGGACACGGUGCUCAACGCUGGCGAUGGGCUCGCCGACGCGCGUGCGAGCUGGUGCGCUCGCAAUCCCUCGGGCCGCAUGGGCGCUCCUGAUGAGGUCGCUGGUGUUAUCGUCGUGCUGCUGAGCAGGGCGGGCUCGUAUCUUAAUGGCGCCGACAUUAUCGUUGACGGCGGCGGCGUCGUCUUCUGA